AGGAAACUAUAAUAAGGACGUGAGGCAGCAACAGGUGGCUGUGCUUGUCAAGUAAGCUGGGCAGAAUCCGGAAUCCACGAAGGCUGAGACCAAGCCUUGCCCUGAUCACGAAAAAGACAGACCAUUCCAGGCCACGGCAGACCUCUUCUCCUUUCGGGAUGAGCCUCUCUGUUCCGAAGCAGAACCAAAACACCCCAGAAAGGACCCUGCCCUGACAAGAAUCCCUAAGCAUUCUUACAAGGAACUGGAGGAAGGCAUCCAAAGGAGAGGACAAGGUUGAUCUCAAGGACAACUUGCAACAAGAGACUCCUCGUCGACUUCCAGCCACCGGCCUCUGUUCUCCCGUCGUCCAUUCCUGGCCAUGGAUCGAUCCACACAGGAGCUUUUCCUCAACUUUAUGAUUGUGCUGAUCACAGUGCUCCUCAUGUGGCUUCUGGUGAAGUCUUACCAAGACUGAGUGACUCGCCCACUCCACGGCAUCACUGGAGGAUGCAUAUUUGGAAAAGGAUGUGAAGUCUGCUGCUCCUGUGUGUGCAUCGUGUCUUUGGCUUUGUGUGCAAAAUCUGUAAUGUGAUUUUUUUUUUUACUCUAAAAUACCUCUUGGAUUCACUCAUCUAAGUAGUCUAAUGGAUUUGGGAUGAUGUAAAUUAUUGUACAAUAAUGUAUCUACAAAGCAUGGCAUUUCCUAAUCAGUGCAUGCACCUGACCUGGAAUCAGGAUAUCUGCUACAAAUAGCAACAUUAAUUUACCCAGAAUGCCACUUGGUUUCCUAACGACUCUUCUACACUGUGCAUUGUUGAAUCAGCUUUCUGUAGUCGGAUCUGUCUGCAGCGGGAAGAAAUGUGGAAAACUUUUCUUUCGUUCACUGUUGCUGCCAUUUUAAUAAAGAAAAAGAUAUGAAACAUU